AUGCCACCUACGUUCAAAGAAGACCGGAUGGUCUUGGCACUUCAAGCUCUUAAAAACGACAAGAAUCUGACCGAACGAACCGCGGCUAAGACAUAUGGCGUCGACCGUAGAACCUUGGGCCGUCGUCGCACCGGCAAGCCUGCACGACGCGAUAUACCAGCCAACUUACGGAAGCUGACAGAUCUGGAAGAGCUUACAAUAGUUCAAUACAUCCUUGAACUAGAUGCGCGUGCAUUUCCACCUAGACUGUGUGGUGUGGAAGAUAUGGCCAACCAUCUACUACGUACGCGUGGCGCGCCCCCUGUCGGCAAGCUCUGGGCACAUCGGUUUGUUAAACGCCAGCCACGGCUUAGUACACGUCGUACACGUAGAUACGACUACCAGAGGGCUAAGUGUGAGGAUCCGAAGGUCAUUGGCGAGUGGUUUGCACUUGUACAGAAUACCAGGGCCAAAUAUGGGAUUGUAGAUGACGAUGUCUACAACUUUGACGAGACUGGGUUCAUGAUGGGCAUGAUCUUCCCAGGUAUGGUAGUUACGACCUCAGAUGGCCGUGGCAAGGCAAAUCUGGCCCAGCCUGGUAAUCGCGAAUGGGCGACUGUGAUCCAGGGGGUCAACGCCCUUGGCUGGGCCAUCCCUCCAUUCAUCAUCCUGGCCGCGCAAUACCACCUCGCCAACUGGUACCGCGAGUGCAAUCUACCACUCGACUGGCGCAUCGCAACUACCGACAAUGGCUGGACUACCAAUGCAGUUGGCCUUGACUGGAUCAAGCACUUUGACUACCAUACGGCGCCCCGGACAAAGGGUAUAUACCGGUUGUUGAUCCUCGACGGCCACGAAAGCCACCACUCCACCGAGUUCGAGCUCUACUGCCGGGACAACAAGAUCAUCACACUCUGCAUGCCCCCGCACUCUUCCCACAAGUGCCAGCCACUUGAUGUUGGCUGCUUCGGGCCACUGAAGCAGGCCUACGGUCGCUAUGUUGAGGAGCUCAUGCGGGCACAUAUCAACCACAUCAGCAAGCUCGAGUUCCUUUGCGCCUUUCGCGAAGCCUUCUUUGCUUCCAUGACAGAGAAGAAUAUCCAGGGUGGGUUUGCAGGGGCCGGCAUCGUACCAUUCGAUCCAGAGAGGGUGCUUUCUAAGUUGGAUGUCAAGCUUCAUACACCAACACCCCCAAACUCCCGGCCUGGCACUGCACAACCUUGGGUCUCUAAGACCCCACAUAACCCCCAAGAAGCCAGCUCGCAGUCAAACCUUAUCAAGACUCACAUCGCUAGCCAUCAAAACAGCUCCCCAGCUUCAAUGUUGGCUGCUGUUGACCAGCUUACCAAAGGUACAACGGCUGUAAUGCACCAGGUGGCUCUCCUUCAGUCAGAGGUCUCUUCGCUCCGCAAGGCCAACGAGGCACUGAGCAAGCGACGGAGGGCCAAAAAAACACGUGUGCAGCUUGGAGGGUCACUUACUGUACAGGAUGCACAGGAUCUACUAGACCAGAGGGCUGUAGCUCUCUUCGUCUUCGGUGCUAAGGAGCUGCGGAUAGAGGUCGUGGAUGAAGGAGGGUUGGGUGAAUGGGAGGAAGGUCCCGGCUUUGAAGUUUCCUGCGCUUGUGUAGCGGGAGCCGGUUGGCAGGAUCUCGCAUUGGGCCAAGUCGGAUUGGUGGUCUCUGGCACCGGUUUGACCCCAUCGCCGAUGUAUGACGCCGCAUUCCUGAGUCUUCACCGGAGGAGGGUUGUUCGCUCGCCGUGGUUCCUCCGGGAGCAGGUCCGCGUGGCCGGCUGUCCAAGGCUGCGGGGCUUCCUCCGGCGCCUGCGCAAUGGCGAUCAGACCGAGCAGGACUUCCAGCGGCUGAGCCAACGCCUCUAUACACCGUCGUGCAAGUGCUCCUUCGUAGAUGGGCUGAGAGCCAUCACGCCCUUGAACCAAGAUCGGUGGGACCUGAACAUGGCAGCCGUCGUCCAGUGGGCUCGUGCCCACGGCAAACACAUCUCCAUCUUUGUGGCUAAGCAUGACGCCGAAUCGGGGAAACGGCUGCGCGUCGAAGAGCUGGGGGACGUACUCCGCCACGGAGACGACUCACAGCUGCCGACCCCUGGCCUCUUCUUUUACGCCCAAGGCAUGCCGGUCGUGGUGACUCGCAACCAGUUUGUCGGGCUGAAGGUCGUCAACGGGGCACCUUUCAUGGCCGUCGACAUCUUCCCCGACCUCGCGUUUGGCACCAUCGCCCUUACUAGUGACGUGACUCUCCAUCUCGGACCGCCGGUGGCCGUCCUCCUCCAGUCGGACGAUAGCGCGGACCUCGCCAUCCCCGGGCUCCCCAACGGCACCAUCUUAGUCAAGAGCAAGACGGUCGCCAUCCCGAGCCAAAUGCGGGGCAAGGAAGGCAGAUGGAGGGGCAAGCCCGGUUUUCGGUGGGUCACCCACAGAACGGGACCUCUUUGUACACCGGCCUUCGCCAUGACGGAUCAAAAGAGCCAGGGAAAACAGUUCUCAGACGCGCUCGUCAACCUCAAAGGCGUCCACUCCCGCGGUACGGCGACUCGACCCAGUUUCAUGAGUCUGUACGUGCAGCUAUCGAGGGCGGAGAGCUGGGACGGGCUGCAUCUGUUUCGGAAACCGGCGCGCGGCGACUUUAUUGAGCCCAAGAAUGUCCUUGACAAAGACAUGAGAAACGCUAUCGUCAAGCUGGAACAACGGGGCAAGGAGACCAGACGGCGGUUCGAGCAAGACCACAGGCACGAGCCGUGGCAAGUGGGUGACAAAAAAACAGGUCCAUUGACCCAGUCACCCCAUGCUAAAUACAGCUAG